UCUCAUUUUCUAUUUGUUUUUUUCCUUUUCUUUUUAUAUUUUCUUUCACUUAUCCCAUUAUCAUAGUAUUUGUCAGUCGGUUUCUUUUCUCUUCUCCAUUCUCUCUGUUUUUUUGCCUCCACCACCGACUGCUAAUUUUCGCUAGCUUCACCAAACUCAAGCCAUAAAACUUUGGUUUUGGUCAAAGCCCACGCACAACAUGUUUUCUAGCAGCAGAAGAGGUGACGUUGCUGGUCAUGGCAACACAGACAUCUCUGAGUGGGAAGUAAGACCAGGAGGUAUGGUGGUGCAGAAACGUAGCCCAGAUGUGAAUCAAAAUUUCACAUCUAAAUCCACCAUCAAAGUCAUAGUGAAAUAUGGAUCAUCCUAUCACCAUAUUCAAAUCAGCUCUCAUGCAAGCUUUGGAGAAUUGAAGAAAAUAUUAACAGAACCUACUGGACUGCAUGUUCAGGAUCAGAAGUUGAUUUACAAGAACAAGGAGAGAGAUUCGAAGUCAUAUCUUGAUGUUGAGAGAGUCAAAGAUGGGUCAAAAUUGGUGCUUCUUGUGGACAUUGAGAGCAGAGAAAGAAGGAUUCUUGAGAAGUUAAAAAUUAUAAAGAAGGAAAAGACUUCAAAAUCUUUGACAGAAAUAAAGCUAAAGGUUGACAAACUAUGCAAGAAGGUUGCAGCUUUGGAGGCUGAUGCUUCCACAGGGGUUAAAACAGAGUUAGAUGUGGAGACUUUGACUGAAAAUUUGAUGAGAACAUUGAUUGCAUUGGAUGAAAUUUAUGGUGAAGGUGAACUGGAGCUGCAGAGAAGAGAAUUGGUACUAACUCUGAUCUUAAAAACAGCUGAAAUAUAUAUCAACUGAUAUAAAAAAUUAUUAUUUCACUAACAAUUGUUAUGUUUGAAAACCAAAAAAUGUGAUAGGUUAGGAGAGUUCAGAAACCCAUUUGAGGACUCUAGAAAGAUAUGCUGAGAAGACAAGGCAAAAUUCACUUACCCU